CACUGAGGUGCGAAGGACAGGUGGCUGUGACUGUGUGAAUGAGGUGGCUGCAAACAGCACACUGCUGUCUCCACACUGACUGGAGAAACAAUUGACGUGUAAACUCUGUGAUUAAGUAGUUCCCCGAUCGCCAGGCGUAUGAGCAGACCCAUCCUGUCACUGGAGACGCUGGAAACACAGCCUCAUUAUGGCGCAUGACCAUCUCCAGGAGGACAGACCUAAGGAGCAGGUGGAGGACAUUACAGAGGAGACAUUCCUGAAAGAUCUCUACCUUUUCAUGAAGAAUAGAGAUACACCCAUUGAGAGAAUCCCAAAUUUAGGUUUCAAACAAAUUGAUCUGUUUGUGAUGUACAAGACUGUCAGAGAACUGGGCGGGUACCACCAGGUUACGACUCGGCAGCUGUGGAAACAAGUGUACAACACGCUGGGAGGAAACCCUCGAAACACCAGCGCAGCCACCUGCACCCGCAAACACUAUGAGAAGUUGCUUUUGCCAUUUGAGUGCCACAAGAAAGGUGAAAUAAUGCACAUUUUGCCGCAUCAUCAGCCAAAGCACUUUCCUUACGACUUCAGCAAAGAUGAUUAUGGCCAGAGGACAGCAAAACACAAAACUUUACCAAAACCUCUGCGCCAGCAGAAUGCUCAUAACCUCUGCUCAAACUCACAUAUGAGGGUCAUCCCUAUGCCUGUCCACUACCGUCACUGCUACCAUCCAAACCAUCCAUACCUGCCCCGAUAUCCCCCAGUCUCAUCUUCAGGGGCAACCACAAAUGGCCCUCCAGUCCCCCAGCCCCAGCUGUCCUACCAUCCACCCCCUCAAAGCUCAGCUGACAGGAUCAAGCAGCCGCUGGAGCACUUGCGUUACCUGGCAGAGCAGUACAAAUCUUCAUCUGGUUUGACUGAGCCUCUAAACCUUAGCUUUAAAGCAUCAAGCCCAGAGACAAACAGCCAGCAAGCAUCAUCGUUCAGCCCACCACCAACCGGCAAGAAUCCAAAGUUUUUGAACAAACCCUCUCCUCUCUAUCCACCCAAGAGGAUGAUGAGGAAUGAGGGAUGUGAGAUGCAAGGCGAUGAUGAAGGUCUAGAACCCCAUCAGUCAGUCACCCCAUAUUCGUAUUCCCUGAAUGCUAGACAAGACUACCCCAUCAAUCUCAAAUCCACUUCAACGACAUCCUCAAGCAGCCCCACGUUGGACCCUGCCCCGGCCCUGAGGAUGGAGAAUGGCCCCAGCAGGGAAGGCAUCUCCACAAUGCCCCACAGACCCAACUCUCCAAACACAGACUUUACAAUGUGCCCAAGGGAAGAGAGAGAGGAGAGCCCCAAACUAAGCCAGAGGGCACUCAAUCUCAGCCAUGUACUGCCCAGCCCCCCAAGAGAGAAUGGAGGCAAGAUGGAAAUUGAGAUACCCCUGGCUCUGCUGCAGGACUGGAUCAGGCACUAUGGGCCCUCAGCCACUAUGCAUGGGGCUAAGCAGCGUCUUACUCCUCCUCAAGAGGAAGACAACAGACAAAAGAGUUGUUACACCUCAGACAUCUUCCCCACCAGCCUGACCUCUAAAAGUCAUCCCCUCGACCAGGACAGGAGCUCAGCUAAUGAGGAUUUAACCCCGAGGCAGAGGAAUCUGCCAAAUCCCACACCAACAAGCCAGAUAAACGGUGAUCACCACAUCAUAAGCCGCUACGAUUUCUCCAGCUUCAAGCCAGUGCCGUCAGGGGGCAUUCUCAAAGAUCCCUCCAGCCAGGAUGUGUAUCCAUGGGAUCUCCAUCUUAUUAAUAAGCCCUAUGGCUCCAAACCCAAAAACGGCUGGGAUCCCUAUGAUAGAAGCAGUCAGGCUCCCCCUAUCCAAUCGAAAAUCAGCUCUAGCCCCCUAACAGUUGAGGAAGACUUUGCAGGCUCUAAGACCUCAGCCUAUAAUGAGGACAUAUCCCAGGGAGGGAGGGGGAGAUCAGGGAAUGGGCCGCCAGCUGUUCUGAUGGUGAACUCCCCCUCUGCUUCUGUAUUGCAUCUCACCAGUGAAGAGGUAAUGAAGCUGAAGAGAAUCAUCUCCAGCUCCUCAUAAGCAUCUUACGGCUUAUUUAUACAAUAAUGUUAAUAUUCCAAUGCUAUAUUAUAGCAGUCCCAAAUGUAUUAUUGCUCCGUUGUGCAUAUGUUCGUCUGUAUACUAUAUGUAAUUCUUUUCAGCAAUUUAAUCAUCAUGUUUGCAAUUGUGUGUGAAAUUGACAGCUACUACAAUGAUAAAAUCUACUUCUGAACAAUAUUUCAUUUUUUUAUACAGUAAUUGUGC